AUGGGCAUGCUCCACAUGGGGAAGCUUCAAAUUAUGCCACAGCAUAAUUUUAAAGAUACUCCGGCCUAUAUCAAGAUUAGAUUAAAAUCAAGAUUAAUUUGGGGUCAAUUUGUAUGGCAGGUACCUGAAAUAUUGAAGGUACAGAAUAUUUGUCCAUUUUCUCAGAAUAUUUGUCCCCCGAUGAGAAACUUAUCUUCCCAAAAUAUUUUCAAGAUCGCUUGA